AUGGACAGCGACGAAGUUGGAGUUGUGGAUUACGAGUUCAUCGACAACGACUCUGACAAUUCCAAUGAUGUUGCCUCACAUCGAUACCAGGUUUAUGUGAUUGGGGAGGAAGGUAUCUUGAAGGAGCUUGAGCUUGCUGGAUAUCAAUACCUUGGUGGACCAGAAGACGGUGGGAAGAAGAUAGAUCUGAAGCCUGGAUUUCUGAUGGAGCAUGAUGAUAAUGCAUACUUCUCUCCCUUCUUGCUUCAUAGAACUUUGUUUAUUAUUGGCUACUACAAAAUUCAGUUAGUUCUGGUGAUUCUUGUUUAUGUCAAUGCAUGUGUGUUGAACACACUGCAAAUUAAUUUUGUUGCAAGUGCACUUGUCACAUGUAUUGCAGUCUUCUCUGGUGGCAUUCAAUGUUUAUGUGAUGGAAGGUAUGGGACACUCUGUGUACGUGAAAACCCUGGAUGUCUUUUCAUUGCAACAAAUCAUGAUGCUGUCACUCAUCUCAUAGAUGCUCAGGAAUGGCAGAAUCAGUUCUAG